AUGAGCUUAGGGUACAAACCAAGAAGUGCAUGUUGCACAUUAGAUAGUAGGGAACUAUCGGAGGAGGAGGAUUGGAUCCGGCUGGAGUGUAAGCAAACUAUAUUGGAGCUGGAAGAAUUUAAAUUAAAAGAUUUUAAGCAAAGGACAAGAACGAAAUGGGCUAUGGAAGGCGACGAUAACACAACUUAUUUCCACAGUGUUGUAAAUGGAAGGAAAUCUUCUAAUGCGAUUCAUGGGUUUAAUGUUAAUAAUCAGUGGAUUUCUAAACCGAAGAAAAUUAAAAAGAUCUCGGAGGCGGAGGCGGAGGCGGCUGCUCUAAUUGAUCGUUUUUCUAAGGAGGAAAUUAAGCAAGCUGCUUUUGAUUGUGAUAGUGACCGAGCACCGGGCCCGGACGGGUUUAAUAUGAAAUUUAUUAAGCGAUUCAGGAGAUUCUUCGAAAAAGAUUUCAUAGAUAUUUUUUAUAAAUUCUAUGAAACUGGUACUUUCUCGAGAGGAACCACUUCAUCUUUCAUCGCUCUGAUUCCUAAAGAGAAGGAUCCGGUCAGCUUGGGUAAUUAUCGUCCUAUUAAUCUUAUCGGUAUUAUUAAUAAGGUGGUGUCUAAAGCUCUCGCUAACCGGCUGAAACUGGUAAUCGGUAGGGUGAUCUCGGUUACCCAAACUGCGUUUCUGAAAGAUAGAUUGAUUAUGGAUGGGCCAUUAAUUCUAAAUGAAGUGAUUGGGUGGUUAAAAAAUGAAGAACCAGGCGUGUCUAUUUAA